AUGUUUAUUUCGGUAACUGAUUUUACGUGGUUCGAAAGUGACGAUGAGGUUUACAUUUCAGUUCCCUUGAAGGGUACUCCUUCAAAAAAUUGCGACCUUUUUAUGUCUUCUCGAUAUGUCAAGAUCAUUUUUAAACCCUAUAUGUUUGAGUGUGUACUCUGGGACCGCAUCGACGUUGAUAACAGUAAGGCUGUUCUUGAAAAUUGUGCUGCUGCACACCUGACUCUCAAAAAGGAGACUGCAUCUAAAUGGCCCAAAUUAGAAUCAGAUGAAAUGAAGAAUAAAGAGGCCUUCAUGCGAAUUCGUCAAGAAGCCAUUGUUGAAGCACAGAGUCGUGAAAUAAAACGCGAGAAGAAUAACUGCGAGGAAAAGCGGUUGGGGGAAAAGGCCGCAUUAAGAGCAAUGAUGAGGAUUGAAGCUCAGGAACGGAACCGUCACGAAGAGAUUAAGAAGGAAGCUACUUUUACGGCAAUGCAAGAACUAGUGGAAAGUCAGAGAAAACUGCAGCAGGAGACCGAAGAGAAGGAAGCAAAAAUUGAGGCGGCACGUGCAUUUGCUCGGGAAAGCUAUGGGGAUGAUAACCUAGUUCUACCAACUUCUACGUCUUUAAAGCAGGAUAUCUUUAAGGAAUAUGAGAAACCUCACGUUCCUGUUCGAAGUAAUGACAAAAUCGUUGUUUCCUUUACUCCUCGUGUGUUUCCCACUCCGGAGAGAGAAUCCAUGAAAGAUGAUGAAGAGAAGUGGCUGCGAACUCAAGCUGAGCGUAGGCGAACGUUGACCUCCAAAUUAGCGGAGAACGGCGAGCUUUCAGAAUCAGAGAAAGAUCCAAUGUGGUUGCAAAAAAAAGCUGCUGCCCUCUUCAAAGCUGGCGAUUUUGAAGCUGCAGCAUUUGCCUAUUCGGAAGCUCUGAAACGUGCCCCUAAGCUGCCAUCCCUUCAUCUCAAUAGAUCCGCCUGUUACCUGCAAACACGUAAUUUCUUUCGUGCUCUUGAGGAUGCCUCAGCGGCGCUGGACUUGCUCAAGCCUGCCGUCCAGCAAAAUUUGAAUUCUCGCAUUAAGGCUCACAUUCGACGGGGUGUUGCAUUUUGCAACUUGCAAAUGUUUAAAGAAGGUUUCAUUGAAUUUCUUGGUAAUUAA